AUGGCAUGCACCCUGUCACACGUCAGCAGCAGCCCAAGAGACUCGCCGGAAAACGGGCUCCGCCGGUCGUUUUCGGCCAAGGAUUUGCAAAGACGAGCCGGAAUCCGAAGGUCGGUUUCAGACAACAACCUCUGCUACCCGGCCGGCUCCAUCAAGGCAUCCUCGGCCCAGCCAAAGCUGAAAACGAGCCGGUCGGUUGGCUUCUUCAACAUAAACUUAUCGAGCACGAUGAUCCACGACACGUUUAGGUCGUUCCUUUUCGAGCCAGAGCCAAGUCCCAAAGAUAUGAUGAAGGCGGAUGACGAAACUAGCGGUUUUAGCGAGGACGAUGGGGAAAAAAAACGGGCCAAUUGGGUCGAGAGGCUAGUUGAGCUUCGGGAUGAUUGGCGAGAUAGAAAGGACGAGGAGGAGGUUGGUGACGACGUGGAAGGCGGCGGUUGUGACGAGGAAGGAGGGUGUGUCGUGGAAUAUGAUGACGUGGAUUCGGAUGACGAGAAGGGAGGAGCGGAGGAAAUUAGCAUCGAUAGAGAUACGUUUACUUCGUUGUUGACGAACGUUUCUUGGUCGGAUACUAAGAAAUUCUCUCAAUUAGCUUUCUUGUGCAACAUGGCGUACAAGAUCCCGGAUAUGAAGACCGAAGAUUUGAGGAGGUAUUAUGGCCUGGAAUUUGUGACAUCGUCGUUGGAGAAGAAAGCCGAGGCGAAAGAAAAAGUCGAACGCGACUCGACUAAAACUAAAUUAGAGUAUGAGAAAAAUCCCGAGCAGAUGAAGCCGCCGCGCGCACGCACGUACGACCAAAUCGCUGUGUCGGCAGCCUCGUUUGUGCAGUCUCGGGUGAAAGAGGAGACGGGCGGAGGGUGCUCGAGGGCGGCAUGUGUAGCGGCUUCGACUGUGACGGCGGUGGUUGCCGCCGGCGAGAAGGAGAAGGAGAAGGCGGCAAAGGAUCUCCAGUCGCUGCAUUCUUCCCCGUGCGAGUGGUUCGUUUGCGAUGAUCCUGGGAUUUACACUCGUUGCUUUGUCAUUCAGGGCUCGGACUCGCUAGCAUCUUGGCAGGCAAAUCUGCUUUUCGAGCCGACUAAAUUUGAAGGAACGGAUGUGCUCGUGCAUAGGGGAAUAUACGAAGCUGCAAAGGGGAUAUACGAACAGUUAAUGCCAGAAAUCAAGCAGCACCUGGAAAAAUACGGGUACAGAGCAAGGCUUCAGUUCACGGGCCACUCGCUCGGUGGCAGUCUCGCUCUUCUCGUAAACCUAAUGCUUCUCGCAAGAAACGAAGUCGGGCCGAGUUCUCUACUGCCAGUGGUCACUUUCGGGUCGCCUUUCGUAUUCUGCAUGGGCCAGAAGAUAUUGGACUGCUUGGGCCUGGACGAAGAUCACGUUCAGUGUGUGUUGAUGCAUAGAGAUAUUGUCCCGAGAGCCUUCUCGUGCAAUUACCCGGAUUAUGUAGCCCAAGUGCUCAAGCGAUUGAACGGCACUUUUCGCCUCCACCCGUGUCUUAACAAGAAUAAACUAUUGUACUCUCCCAUGGGAAAAAUAUUCAUACUCCAGCCGAACGAGAAGUCGUCGCCACCUCAUCCGCUACUCCCUCCAGGUGGGGCCCUCUACGCCUUAACCAACACGAACGUAAGCUCUCUGUCUAAAAGCGCCGUUCGAGCAUUCAUGAAUUCCCCACACCCGAUCGAGACUCUAAGUGACCCAGCAGCAUACGGUUUGGAGGGCAAUAUUGUCCGGGACCAUGACUCGAGCAACUACCUUAAAGCGGUUAAUGAAGUAAUAAGGCAACAUACGAGACUGGUUGUGAGGAAAGCAAGGGAAGAGAGGAACCAGCUAUGGCCGCUCUUAACUUCCAGGUCACCUCACGCGUGGAGCCACACUUGCCAUGUCGAGGGCCGAGAGACCCGAGCCAGUGAAAAAAUGUUGACUGGGGUUUGA